GUAGUAGUACUUGUACUUCGGUGAUGGUACGCAGUGGGGCUCUGGUCUCAGACUGUAACAUGUCCUCGAAGGGAGGAGCCUGCAACCACCUGCUCAACGGGAUCUCCCACCAGGUAUGCUGUUGCUGUGGCCCCGCCCCCUGCUCUCUCUGCUGCCCCUUUUGUCCAUCUGUGAAAAUGUCCACGUCCACUCGGGUCAUGUAUACACUGUUCCAUGUACUCAGCUGCACGGCGUCAUGUCUAAUGCUGUCGAGAACUGUGACCGAGAGAGUACGAAACAAUGUGCCCUUCCUGAACGCGCUGUGCCUGGAGAACUCGGGGGACUGUCAGGUGCUUGUGGGGUACUCCGCUGUUUACAGAAUCUGCUUUGGCACUUCCUGCUUCCACCUGCUGAUGGCUCUCUUCCUCAUUGACGUGAGGUCCAGCCAAGACUACAGGGCCCUGGUCCACAACGGGUUCUGGUUGGUGAAGUUUCUCCUGCUGUUGGGGAUGUGCACUGCAGCCUUCUUCAUCCCGACAGAGUCCUUCCUCCAUGUAUGGCAUUAUGUGGGCGUCAUGGGCGGUUUUGCCUUCAUCCUGAUCCAGCUUGUCCUUAUCACGGCGUUCGCUCAUCAGUGGAACAAAAACUGGCUGACAGGUGCUUCGGAGCGCCCACGCUGGUACCUGGCGGUGACCUGUGCAACGCUGCUUUUCUAUUCACUGGCAACGUUGGCAUUCUUGUUCAUGUUAAAGUUUUACACUCACCCAAACUUGUGCCAGUCCAACCGUGCCCUUCUGUGGUGCCACCUGGGCCUGUGCGCCGUCAUGGGACUGGUUUCAGUCACACCCUGCGUCAAAGACAAGCAGCCGCGCUCUGGGCUACUACAGGCCUCCAUCAUCAGCUGUUACGUCAUGUACCUCACCUUCUCCGCCCUGAGCUCCAGACCCCCCGAGAGAGUUCUGGUUCAGGGUGUGAACUCGACUGCGUGUUUUCCAUCUUUGGGACAAAACGGGAUCAAAAGUGAAGGGAACGUUGUCGCCAUCAUCGGAGCCGCCAUCAUGUAUUGCUGCGUCCUCUUUGCCUGUAAUGAAGCGUCGUAUCUGGCUGAGAUGUUUGGUCCUUUUUGGAUGAUCAAAGUUUAUCGUUAUGAGUUUCAGAAGGCGUCCUGCUGCUUCUGCUGUCCCCCGCAGGACGAAGCGGAGGAGGAGGUGAUGUUUGAGGAGCAGACUCGGGCUGUGCAGCGGGUGCUUCAAAAUGAAACGCGCAGAGUGACGUACAGUUAUGCUUUCUUUCAUUUUGGAUUCUUCCUUGCAUCGCUCUACGUCAUGAUGACCCUCACCAACUGGUUCAGUUAUGAGUCAGCUGUGUUGGAGACCACCUUCACCCACGGGAGUUGGUCCACGUUUUGGGUGAAGCUCUCUUCCUGUUGGGCGUGUGUGGCGCUCUACCUCUGGCUCCUAUUGGCUCCUCUAUGCAGCUGUCAAUCAAAGCCCCGCCCCAGACGAGCACGAAUCAAACGGCGGAGUGCGCGUCAUGUGUCUGUCAGUGUCUGAAGUCCCGCCUCAAACAGGAAGUAAAAUAAAGACAUUUUCAUUGGUG